AUGGACCCGCCUGCUUGCGGCUGUGUCAAGGCUGCCGAUCGAUCUGAGCAAGAUCUGGAGCCCACCAUCUUCCCGGCAUUCGAAGCGGGUGACAAGAAUCAUUCCGAGAUCCUCCGUUACACCAGCCGGUUAGGAUGUGUUGUGCAUGAGGACCUUUCUCAGAAAUGUACUGUGUUACGCGCGGCAUGGGGAAUUCUUCUCGGAUGUUUCACUGGGCUGGAGAAAGUCUGCUUUGCAUUUGAGCAUAAUGUUACCACAAGCUCGGGACAUGCACAUGGCGUUACGACAACAGCGCAGCUGAAUGUGCCCGGGAAUCAGAAAGUUCGAAGUAUCUUGACCGGGAGCUUUUCCGCCCUGCUCUCGAUACCACAAAGCAAUGCAAAGACACUGUUGAACACCGCGCUUUGCAUUCGUAGCUUUGCCCACGAGCCGAGCAACGAUGAUGACCCGAAUCAAAAGAAGAGACAAGAUUCUCUUUCAUGGUGCAAGAUCCGCAUGUUCGUGGACCCUGUCACCCUACAAACCGUCAUUUGGUGGGAUCCCGGCUUCAUGACUGGAGAACAGGCGAGGAACGUCAGCAAUACAUACGACAAGAUCAUCAGUGAAAUCGUCAAUCAACCAGAAAGACUCAUCUCAGACCUUGACUACUUUGGCGAGAAGAAUGAGCAGCAAGUCUUAGCGUGGAACAGCGACCCACAGAGUCAUGUGCAGCAGUGCAUACACCAAGCCGUGUCGGAGCAGGCAACAUUGCGACCCUAUGCAGACGCGGUUUGCGCUUGGGAUGGAAGCUUCUCAUACGCACAACUCUUGUCUCUCUCGAAUCGCCUUGCUUGUCGGCUACAAACCUCCGGUAUCGGUCCCGAGCUCUUUGUGCCGAUCUGCUUCGACAAGUCCAAGUGGACUGUCGUGGCAAUGUUGGCAGUGCUCAAGGCGGGCGGCAUCUUUGUGCCUCUAGAUCCUACACACCCUCUACCGCGCCUUCGUGCCCUGGCAAGCAAGGUGCAAGCCACGACUAUCUUGUGUUCUCCCCAGCACCAGGCUAUGCUAGAGAGCGUGGCAACCGAGUUGAUCACCGUGGACGACCAGUUGUUCAAAAGCCUACCAGAGCACCAUGGCGACGUCAGCUUUGGCUCAUCCAACAACGGUGCCUACAUGAUCUUUACGAGCGGCACCACCGGCGAGCCCAAGGGUGCGUUGAUUGAGCAUGUGGCCUUGUUGUCGAGUGCCCUUGCCCAUGGACCCGCAUUGAUGAUGGAUCACAACACAAGAUCACUACACUUCGCCGCCUCUACCUUUGAUGUAAGCAUCACGGAGAUCCUCACGUGCUUGAUCCUAGGCGGCUGUGUCUGCAUACCCAGCGAAGACGCCCGGCUAAAUGCCAUCGAGGAUGCCAUUACCCAGCUCCGGGCCAACUGGGCGCUGCUCACGCCGACAUUUGUCAAAUUCAUAAACCCUGACAAUGUGCCGUCGUUGAAGACACUCGUCACUGGUGGAGAGGCUAUGACGCAAGCCGUUAUUCGCUCAUGGUCUCACAUCAACCUCAUCAACUGCUAUGGCCCUGCUGAGACGUCUGUUGUCUCACACGUCCACAGAGGCAUGAGGGAAGGAAAGGACCCAUUGAAUAUCGGCCAUCAAGUCGGCGUUCAUUGUUGGGUUGUUGAUCGAUACAAUCACGACCGACUGAUGCCCGUUGGGGCGGUCGGUGAAUUGGUUAUCGAGGGCCACACACUUGCGCGGGAGUAUUACAAGGAGCCCGAGAAGACGAGCGAGGCUUUCAUUGUCGAUCCUGCAUGGACACAAAACCAGCCAGGGCGGGUCGGCCCCAGACGAAUGUAUAAGACGGGCGACCUCGUCCAGUAUAACCAUGACGGGACUUUACACAUCAGAGGACGGAAGGACACACAAAUCAAAUUCCACGGACAACGUAUAGAGCUGGGAGAGAUCGAGCAACAUCUCAACAUCAGUCCUAGUAUCAAGCAUGGCAUGGUCGUCCUGGCCAAAGAGGGUUUCUCCAAAGGUCGGCUCUUGGCCAUUGUUCAGCUGAGCGACAAUAUGAACCAAGACCUCGUGCCCAAGGGUCGGCCUUACAAGCUGAUUGAUGGUGAACUCGAGGAUGUUGCGCGAGAAAAAGUCUCCGAGGCAAAGCAGUUGCUUACCGAGAGGCUUCCAUUGUACAUGAUCCCUUCCAUGUGGCUCGCCGUCGAGUUCAUCCCCCGUCUUCAGUCGGGGAAGCUCGACCGCAAGCAGACUGCAAAGUGGGUUGAUGACAUGAGCGAGGAGCUGUACCGACAGCUAAACCCUGUCACUGCCACUGGGUCCUCUGAGGCUCUCGUGUCCUCCAGCAAGACCGAAUUGGAGCUACACAAAAUCUGGACGCACGUUCUGAACCUCAAGGCCGAACAGCUUGGUCUCCGACAGUCCUUCUUGAGCGUCGGCGGUGACUCCAUCUCUGCGAUGCAAGUCAUGAGCGAAUGCAGAAAACGCGGCCUUGGCCUGACCGUCUCACAAAUUAUUGCUAGCAAAUCAAUCAGUGCGCUGGCAUUACAAGUCAAGGACAUCGACAGGCAGCUGUUCCACCAGGAGAUUCUGGAACAGCCGUUCGAGCUCUCACCCAUCCAGAAACUCUACUUCUCCAGACCCAACCACGCCCAGGGCCACUACAACCAGAGCUUUCUCCUUCGCACGAGCCAGCGCAUUCCUGAGCCGGACCUGCGCAGGGCAAUUGAGACUGUUGUACGGAGACGGUCGAUGCUGCGUGCCAGGUUCAGUCAGGACCCCGCCGGCAAAUGGCAGCAGCGUGUUACCAACGAGGUUGCAUCUUCGUAUCGGUUACGGACCCUUAAUUUGGCUUCGAUCGACCAGGUUGACCACGCCCUUGUCGACAGCCAGACUUGCCUUGAGGUGACUCAGGGUCCCAUCUUUGCUGCUGACCUCAUUCGCGUGGUCGGGGGAGAGGAGCUCUUGUUCGUCGUGGCGCACCAUCUGGUGAUUGACCUUGUUUCCUGGCGAAUCAUCCUCCAGGAGCUAGAAGAGCUUCUGCUACAACCUGACGACCCACUCCCUGAUGCGGGCCGUCUUCUGCCUUUCCAGGCCUGGUGCAAGAUGCAGUUGGAACAUGCCGAGACUCAGACUCCGGAGCAGGUUCUGCCAAUCCAUGGCAUUCCUGAUGGGAACACCGAGUACUGGGGAAUGGGGGACGCACCGAACGUCUACGGGCAGAUGGCCCGCGAAGGCUUUGAAAUUGGACCUGCGCAAACCUUGCUCCUCUUGUCAAAAUGCCACGAGUCGUUGCGCACCGAGAUUCCCGAUGUUCUUAUGGCAGCCAUGAUCUUCUCUUUUGGCCAGACAUUUACCGACCGAUCGAUCCCAGCCGUGUUCGCCGAAGGCCACGGCCGGGAAUCCUGGGACGCUUCCAUUGACCUGUCCAACGUGGUUGGGUGGUUCACGACCAUCUACCCCGUCUUUGCUGCUGGAUGGACAUCACAGUCUAGUCUUGUUGACACCGUGAAGCUGGUCAAAGACGGACGACGCAAAAUUCCCGACAGCGGAAGGCCUUACUUUGCGAGCCGCUGGCUGACAAAGGCGGGUGAAGACUCCUUUUCCCGUCACUGGCCACUGGAGAUUACGUUCAACUACCUUGGCCAGUAUCAGCAGCUGGAACGUGAGGGUGCUCUCUUUACUCCUUUGGGGGACAUUGCCGGAGAAGUCAAGGGUGCGGCCGAGGGUGCAGAUGUCGGUCCUCUAACACCUUGCAUCUCUCUUUUCGAAGUCUCUGCCGUCAUUCUCAGGGGAUCUCUCCGGUUUUCUUUUGUCUUCAAUCAACACAUGAACCACCAGCCCGAGAUCCGCCGGUGGAUUACUUCCUGCAAAAGCAGCCUCAGCGCCCUGAUUGAAACUUUGAGUUCCUUGGCCCCUGAACCCACGCUGAGCGACUUCCCACUUCUCUCCCUGACAUACGACAGCCUUCGGCUACUGACGGAAGAAACGCUUCCCAAGGCUGGAGUAAGAUCCAUGGAUCAAGUCGAGGAUAUCUACCCUUGCUCUCCUUUACAGGCAGGACUCCUGAUCAGCACGACAAAGAACAGCGCCUUUUAUGCUGCGUACACACUCCACGAGGUCAAGAGCAGAAGCGGUUUGCCAGUGGACGUGACGAAACUUGCCGCUGCCUGGAAACACAUGAUCGAGUACCACCCUAUGCUCAGGACCAUCUUUGUCGAGAGCCUGACCCAGCAAGAUUCUCCCUACGACCAGGUCGUCCUCAAAGAAGUCAACUUUCCGCUCAUCGUGUCUGAGAAGGAUACAGAAGAAGAGGCACUCACUGCUCUGAGCGCAUCGCCUCUGCAUCAGAAAGACAAUUCUCAUCUGCUGCACCACUUCGAAGUUUGUACAUCCAAGAGCGGCAAGGUCUUUUGCAGACUUGAUAUCAGUCACGUGAUUAUGGACGGUACUUCUCUGUCAAUCCUCUUUCGGGACCUCGCCAUGGCAUACGAGGGGACUCUUGAAUCCCGCGAUGGUCCACUUUACCGGAAUUACGUCAAGCACCUCCAAGGACAGCUUGUCCAACCCGGCAUCGACUAUUGGAAGUCGCACCUCGCGGGGGUCGAGCCGUGCCACUUCCCCGUCCUCGACGACGGCGAUGUUGUGGAGUCAAAGGAACUGAGACACCUCAGGGUCAGGUUUGACGAGAUGGCCGAGCUGCAGCGGUUGUGUGACGAUCGGGCAGUCACCAUUGUCAACGCCAUCUACGCAGCUUGGGCACUGACACUGCGUCUCUAUACCGCCUCGGAGGAGGUCUGCUUCGGCUAUCUCACAUCUGCUCGUGACUCUCAGAUCGAGGGCAUCCAGGAUGUUAUCGGACCGGUGAUCAACAUGGUGUCAUGCCGCGUCAACGUUGGCAGCUCCACCACUUUGGGGAACGUCAUGAGCCUCGUGCAGAGGGAUUACCUGGACAGCCUGGAAUACCGCCAUAUUUCCUUGGCCGAAGUCCAGCACGCACUGCAGCUCUCCGAUUCUGCCCUGUUCAACACAGCACUAUCGUACAGAAAGCUGCCGCGUACUCCAGAGAACCCCCCGGACCUCUUGUUUGAGGAGUGCCGCCCAACUUAUGAUCCUGACGAGUACAACGUGUCUGUCAACAUCGAGGCGGACGAGGACAACAUGGCCAUUGACUUGAUGUACUGGUCCGAUACCCUAUCAGACGGGCAUGCCGCAAACGUCGCCAGCACUUUUACCCAGGCGCUCAGCAACGUGCUCCAUCAUUGCGAUCAACCCAUUGCGCAGCUCGAGCAUCUCGCCUCCUGGCACCGUCAGCAGCUCUGCCAGUGGAACCAGCAGAUUCCUGAAGCCAUUGAAAGCUGCCUUCACGACUUGUUCAAGCAGCAGGCGAUUUCGCGUCCUGACGCUCCCGCGAUUGCCUCAUGGGACAUGGGCUUUACCUAUGCUGAGCUUGAUGACGCCUCUACCAAGCUCGCCCUUCACAUCAGUUCCUUGGGUGUCGGCCUGGAAGACUUUGUGCUGGUCUGCUUUGACAAGUCUGCUUUUGCCAUAGUCGCCAUGCUGGCCAUCUUGAAGGCUGGCGGCGCAUGCGUGCCUGUGGACCCAGCGCAUCCUGAUGCUGCGUUGCGGCUUCGUGCCGAGGACACAGGUGCCUCUGUAGCCCUCGUGGCACCUUCGAUGGCGUCCAGGAUCAGCACCAUGGCCGAGACAACAGUGGCCGUGGACGCCCAGCUGCUCCAGACCCUGUCUAUAAUGCCCGACCUUGCUGUUCCCCAAGUCACACCCCAUAACGCCUGUUUCGUCAUUUACACCUCGGGCAGCACGGGCAGACCCAAGGGUGUGGUCCUUGAGCAUAGGGGGAUUGCCACCAAUGCUGAGUACUCGGGUCCCAAGCUGGGCUACGAGAAAGACUCGAGGGUGUUGCAGUUCGCCUCCCUCACGUUCGACAACAGUAUUGCCGAGAUAUUCACCACACUUACUCGUGGAGGCUGCGUAUGCGUGCCCUCGGACCACGAGAGGCUGAAUGACUUGGCCGGAGCAAUAAACCGCUACGGGGUCACCUUGGCCGAUAUAACCCCAACUGUCGCGUGCCUCCUCCAGCCAGCCGAACUUCCGACCUUGAAGACGCUAGCUCUGGGCGGCGAAGCUGUGACUACUACAUGUGUUGAUAUGUGGCGCGACUUUGUGUCUCUGCAGUGUUGCUACGGGCCUUCAGAGUGCUCCGUCAACUCGACCUACUCUGGCGACAUUGCACAUCCAGGCAAAGCCACAAACAUUGGACGCUCCAUCGGUUGUGUUGCUUGGGUUGUGGAUGCAGCCGAUCACAAUUCUCUAGUUCCAAUUGGUUGCGUGGGAGAGCUCCUCAUCGACGGCCCCAUCGUCUCCCGAGGCUAUCUGAAUCUGCCCGGAAGGAUGGCACAGUCUUUUAUACCUCCACCUGCCUGUUUGGAAAGAACAACAUCGCAUGGCGGCAACCCGGAUCGAAAGCUCUACAAGACCGGCGACCUGGUACGCUAUAAUUCCAAUGGCACCCUCACCUACCUUGGAAGAAAGGAUCACCAGGUCAAGCUCAACGGCCAGCGCAUCGAGCUUGGAGAGAUUGAGCACCACAUACAAAAGAACCUUCCCGAGGGCUGGAUAUCUGCUGUUGAGUUGAUCUUCCCAGAGGGCAGGAAAUCGCUAGCCUGCUUCGUUUGCGCCGAUGCAGACGCCUCCCUUGCCGACAGCAGCGACGAAAGCAUUAUCCUGGACAUGGAAGACGCGUACAGGGCUCGUUUCAAAGACUUGGAGGUGCUUCUGUCUACCCUGAUUCCCGCCUACAUGGUUCCAUCCGUUUGGCUGCCCAUCAACAAGAUGCCCCUGACUGCGUCCGGGAAGCUGGACAGGGGUAGCCUCCGACUGCUGGCACGGGUGGUUCCGGCAUCGCUCAUGACCUCUUACAAGCUCGCCUUGAAGUCUGGCAGGGCCCCAUCCAGCGAGAUGGAGAAACAGCUGGCUGCCAUGUGGGCCCAUGUGCUUAACAUUGACGCAUCGUCAAUUGGAGUCGAAGAUCAUUUCUUCAGGCUUGGAGGUGACUCAAUCGGCGCAAUGCGACUGGUAACGCUCGCACGACAGUCUGACAUCACUUUGACCGUGGCUAGCAUCUUCGAAAAGGCAACCUUGCUGGACAUGGCCCACUCAGCACACCCCGUCACCAAGGCUGUCGCCACGGCCGUCCAACCUUUCUCGUUGUUAUCCAACUUGGCUUCGGUGGAUGUACUGAAGCGAGAGGUUGCGGCAAUUGCUCACGUCGAUGUUGAAGCCAUUCAGGACAUCUAUCCUUGCACCCCAACACAAGAGGGUCUCGUGGCCCUCUCGAUCAGGGAGCCAGGGGCAUAUGUUGCGCAACUCGUCUACCGCCUUCCGGAUGACAUAGAUACCGUCAGGUUCAAGAAGGCUUGUGAUCUCGUAGUCCAAGCCCAACCGACACUAAGGACAAGGAUUGUUCAUACCGAGGAUACCGGGUUUGUGCAGGUUGUGGUGGCCGAGGAUGCCCCCCAGUGGUCCACUGUGGCCAGCCUCGGCGAGGUGGAAGAGUCCUGGCGUCAGCUUCCACUCCAUAAUGGCGGGAGAUUGGCCAAUUAUAACCUUGUCAACAAUGGUUCCACUGGAGUAUCAUUCGUCUGGGCUAUCCACCAUGCACUCUACGACGGUUGGUGUCUGCCUCUAAUCUUAGACAAGAUUAAGCGAUGCUACCAGGAGGUCCCGAGUCCCGCACAGCUCAACGGCCCUUCAUACUCCAACUUCAUCCAAUAUCUUGCAGAAGUUGACAUGGAUCGAGCGCACGAGUUCUGGGAGUCCCACCUAUCCAACACCUCGACCCAGCACUUCCCGCGCCUGCCCAGCCCUGAUUAUCAGGCAAGCGCGAGCAGUCUAUUGAUUCACAAGGCAGAGUUGAGCCAUCAGUCUAGAUCCGAGAUUACUACCGCCACGAGAAUCCGCGCAGCUUGGGCACUGACGGUUUCCACCUACUCGGCAGCAAAUGAUGUCGUGUUCUGGGAAACUCUCACGGGGCGUGAUGCUCCUGUUCCUGGAAUCGAGGAGAUGGUUGGCGCGACGUUGGCGACUGUGCCGAUGCGAGUGGUGUUGGAUUCUUCGCAUACGGUUGCUGAGACUCUCGGCUACGUCCAAGCUCAGUCAGCAGCUGUGAGACGGCAUCAGUAUACCGGCAUUCAACACAUCAAGCGCAUCAACGCUGACACUGCCCUUGCGUGUGGCGCGCAGAACCUCAUAGCCAUCAAUCACGGCUCACGAGAGUUGACAGAUUCUUUCUGGGACGAGCAGACCAACGAGAUGGCUGGUACAAACUUCUACUCAUACCCCCUCAUGCUCUCGUGCCACAUUGGAGACUCCGAGCUUGAGACUGUUGUGCACUUUGACCAGGACAUUAUUCCAGAGUCGCACAUGCGGCGCGUCAUGGACCACUUCGCCUUGAUGUUGCAUUCCGUAUCGAUACCUGAGCUGAGGGACGAGAAGAUCGGCAACCUGGCCAUGCUGACCCCCCAUGAUAUUCAGACGCUGCGGGAGCUCAAUAGUUCAGCAACACCUCCCGUGGACCGACUCAUACACGAGGUCAUCCAGGCUCAGGGUCUCACUCAAGCGCAAGACAAGCUGGCCGUCUGCGCAUGGGAUCAGAGCCUCACCUAUUCGGAACUGGACUCUCAAUCUACGCGUCUUGCGAGCGUGCUUGUCGAGAGCGGCGUUCAAGUCAAUUCCAUCGUUCCCUUUUGCAUGGACAAAUCGUCUCUUGUCGUCAUCUCCAUCCUGGCCAUCCUCAAGUCGGGUGCUGCCUUUGUUGCCUUGGACCCUGCACAUCCCGACGCCCGAAUCAACGGCAUCCUUGCCGAUGUCGACGCCACCGUUGUGCUCUGCUCCCCCCAGUAUGCUGAGCGUCUGGAGCAUCUUGGACCAAACGUGAUCCAGGUUUCACCAGACUUUGUCCACGGCAUCUCACCGCCCCAGAAGCCGACGGUUUCUCUUUCUACCAAUAGCCCGGCCUAUGUCAUCUUUACUUCCGGCACAACUGGGAAACCCAAGGGAACCAUCGUUGGCCACUCGGCCUUUUGCACUGGUGCUACAGCCCAUGGUUCUGCCAUGGGCAUGACCAGGUCAUCUCGUGUCUUGCAAUUUGCUUCUUAUACUUUCGACGCCAGCAUUAUGGAGAUCUUGACUACUCUUAUUCAUGGUGGCAUUGUCUGUGUGCCCAAGGGCAUUCAUGAUAUUGCGGGCGCUAUCAAUGAUUUGCAAGUCAACUGGGCCUUGUUGACGCCCUCAGUUGCCCAGCUGAUUUCGCCAUCCCUCGUCCCUGGGCUCAAGACACUGGUGCUUGGAGGCGAGGCCAUGUCCUCUGCUCACAUCUCGUCCUGGGCGUCAUCCGUCCAGUUGAUAAACGCGUACGGACCUAGUGAAGCUGCCGUCGUCGCUACCGUCAACCCAACCGUCACACUUGCAUCCGGCCCUUCCAAUAUCGGUCAUGCAGUGGGAGGUUCUUGUUGGGUCGUCGAUGCGACCAACCACAACAGACUGAUGCCCAUCGGCGCCGUCGGUGAGCUUGUGGUGGAGGGCCCAACCCUCGCUGAGGGCUAUCUCAAGAAUCCCCAGAAGACUGCAGAAUCCUUCAUCACCAACCCGAAAUGGUGCAGCCAGUUCCCUGGCACAGCUCAAGGCACUGAGCGCAGGAUGUACAAGACUGGAGAUCUGGUCAAGCUCAGCGAAGAUGGAUCCAUUCUCUUCCAAAAGAGAAAAGAUACUCAAGUCAAAAUCAAUGGUCAGAGACUCGAGUUGUCUGAAGUCGAACACCAUCUCAGCGCAGAUCCUCUCGUUCAGAAUAGCCUGGCGGCUGUUCCAUCGUCUGGCCCUUUCAAGGGGCGUCUAGUCACCGUCCUAUCUCUGCAGUCACUUGCCGGUAUCCACCGAGCUUACAUGAUUCCAUCCGCGUGGAUCGUCGUGGGCCGCAUCCAUCUCCUCCCAUCCGGCAAGCUUGACCGCAGGCGUGUUGUGAACUGGGUCGAGAGGAUGACUCCCGAACAUUACCAGCUGGUUCUCGACGCACAGGAAACGACAUCUGCUCUCGACAGAGAAGCAUCAGUGGUGGAGGUCAAGCUCCGGGCUGCCUGGGCCAAGGUUCUCAACGUCAAGGUGGAUUCGGUGCCAUUCAAGCGAUCGUUUAUCCAUCUGGGAGGCGACUCCAUCUCGGCAAUGCAGCUGAUGGCUGUCUGCCGCUCCUUGAACAUGGCCGUUUCGGUUGGUCAGAUCAUGAAGAGCAAGUCCAUCGUCGAGCUCGCGUCUUGUGUCACCGCCGCCGAGGAAGUUAGCCUGCUUCUGGGAACUACACGUACAAUCACUCCCCGGGAGCUAUCGUCAGCUUUGGAAACCAUCAUCAAGACACACAGCAUGCUCCGUGCUCGCUUUUCGCUUGCCAAUGAAAACUGGUAUCAGCGUAUAACUAGCGACGUCACUGGCUCAUACACCCUCCGAUCGCAUGGGAAGGUCGACCAGAGUCAUCUCUCUUCAUUGAUCGAAGAGAGCCAAAAGUCUUUGAACAUCUACGAUGGACCUCUCUUUGGCGCGGACAUUUUUGAGGUGGAGGGAACCGGCGAUCAAAUCGUCUCGUUUGUCGCCCACCACCUUGUUGUCGAUGUAGUGUCUUGGAAUAUCAUCCUGCAAGACCUGGAGGGACUCUUGUCGUCAGCAACCUACAGCCCCGCCAAACCACUUUCAUUCCAGGCUUGGCUCUCUCUGCAACGUGAGGAAGCUCACAAGACGGCACUCGAACAUGUGUUCCACGACGUUCCGGCGCCUCGACAAGAUCUCUCAUACUGGGGAAUGCAAGGCGUACCGAACAUUCACGGAGACUCAAUCACCGAGAUAAUGGAGAUAACCACCGAUGACUCGCUUCUACUCUUGGGUCCUUGUCACGACGCCCUUGAUACCGAUGUUGUCGACAUCUUGUUAGCCUCUCUGUUGGUAUCUUUCCGCCAGACCUUUUCAGACCGCCCCACAGUGCCAUCGAUAUUCAAUGAGGGUCAUGGCAGAGAACCUUGGGAUGACAAACUGGACUUAUCACGCACCAUUGGAUGGUUUACCACCCUUUGCCCCAUCUACCUGCCCGAGUCCUUGCCAUCCGAGCCAGACAUUCUCGAUGUUGUGCGCUGGGUAAGGGACUUUAGGCGAAAGCUUCCCGGCAAGGGCCGUCCUUACUUUGCUCACAACAUGCUGUCUCACCAGAGUCAGACGCGUGCCCGGGAGUGGCCCCUGGAAGUGGCUUUUAACUUCCUCGGCCAGACAGGGCGGAACAAGUCCGAAGACUCGGUGUUCACGUCGCUUGGUGGAAGCAUGUUGGAGUCUGCGAGUUCAAAAACCGACAUUGGGGUUGAUGUACCUCGCCUCGCACUCGUUGAGAUCUCGGCCGCCUUCUCUGGUAACAGGUUAAGCUUCAGCUUCUCUUUCAAUCGCCACAUGAAUCGCCAAUCUUGUAUUCCAAGUUGGAUGGCGGCUUGCAAGAGGUCUAUCCAUCAGGCUAUGCAAAGGCUAUCCGAUAUCAGACAUGAACGGCCAACUCCUGACUUGUCUCUUCUUCCUCUAGCUUUUGAGGGAGAAUCCCAGAUCAAACGAAAGCUCACUGAAAUCGGCAUUGCUCAUCUUGACGACAUCGAAGCCGCGUACCCGUGCUCUCCGGUACAGCAGGGCAUCCUCUUUACCCAGAUACGAGAUCCCGAAUGCUACUCGUACUCGAUCACCUUUUCGGUGAGAUGCGCUCAACCGGGCGAUGCUGUGGACGUGCAACGCCUAGCUGAUGCCUGGCAACAUGUGGUACAACGUCAUUCGACUCUUCGAACCGUGUUUGUGGACAGUUUACUACAGGAGGGCGUAAUGGACCAAGUGGUUCUGAGGAAGCAUCUCGCUAACAUUGCUUUCCUCGAGCACUCCGACAGCGAGCUAGCUCAAAGACCUGGUCAACGUUCGCUGCUAGGUCUUCCCGCCGACCAACCACCCCACCGUCUCAACAUCUUCAAGGAUUCCGAAGGAACGAUGCACUGCGUUCUAGAGAUGAGCCAUGCAAUCGCCGAUGGAUCCUCGAUCCCAAUUCUGUUCCGUGACCUGGCGCUGGCGUACGAAGGCACCUUGGCCACAACGGGUCUUUCUGUUUACAGGGACUACGUCGCUUACUUGCAGCGAAGCCGGGGCUCUCAGAACGUCGAUUACUGGAAGGAAUACCUGACUGGAGCUGAGCCUUGUUAUCUACCAUCACGAACUGGCGGAGCCGCAGAGCCUAAGACUUUGCGAGCGCUUGACUGGCGUAUCUCCCACGUGGCUGAACUCCAAGCCUUUUGCACCGAAAGAGGUGUCACAUUAUCCAACGUACUGCAGUUGGCAUGGGCGCUAGUCCUUCAAGCAUACACGGGUCUUGACGACGUCUUGUUUGGCUAUCUGGUCGCUGGGAGGGACAUCCCGGUCUGCGACAUUGACCAGGCAGUCGGCGUCUAUCUCAACAUGCUGGUGUGCCGAGUGCGUCUCAGCCCCUCUACCAGCCUCGGUGAUGUCCUCAAGACUGCCCAGGAAGACCUCGCAGCCGCGAUGAAUCAUAAGCACGUCUCGCUUGCUGACUUGCAACACGCGAUGGGUACUGCCAAUGAGCCUCUCUUCAACACUGCCUACUCUUUCCAGAGAAGAUCUGUCUCCAAGUCCAUGGCAACGGGACCCGUCUCGUUCGACGUCAGUGACGCGCAUGAUCCUAGUGAAUACGACUUGGUCAUCAACGCCGAAGUUUGGGAUUCGAGUGUGGAGCUGCAGCUGUGCUACUGGACAGACAAGAUUCCAGAUUCACAGGCCAGGAACAUUGCUUCCACGCUUGACAGAAUUCUGACUUCGAUUGUGACGUGCGACUUGGGGGUGCCGACAGGAGAACUCCAUACGCUCAGUGACCACUGCUCGGAACAGCUGGUCGCAUGGAACAAUGCCGAACCUGAGUUCUUGGACGAGUGCGUGCAUCACGUCUUUGAGCACAAUGUUCGACAGCGACCAGAUGAGACACCAGCUAUCGAGGCAUGGGAUGCAAGGUUCACCUACCUCGAGCUAGACGCGGCGGCUUCGCAGCUCGCCCAGCACUUGGUGUCUCUCGGGGUCAGGCCGGAUACAUACGUCCCUCUUUGCUUCCAAAAAUCGGCAUGGACAGUCGUCGCCAUGGUGGCGGUUCUCAAGGCUGGCGGCGCUUUUGUCCCCUUGGACCCUACCUACCCGCCUGAGCGAAUCAGCUUUAUCGUCCACAACGUUGAUGCUAAACUAAUCCUUUGCUCAUCUUCCUUGACGCACAAGUUUGAAAACUUGGGCCUCCCGACUCUUGCUGUCGCCCCGGAGACGGUAUCACGGCUACCUGACCUACUGGAAGCCUCGCUUCGAGUCCAGGUUAGACCUAACCAUCCGGCCUAUAUCAUCUUCACCUCAGGCACCACCGGUCUUCCAAAGGGCACAAUUAUCGAGCACGGGGCCUUCACCACUGGGGCCACGGCUCAUGCCAAAGCUAUCAAGAUGACUUCUACAUCUCGUGUGCUGCAGUUCGCGUCGCACACGUUCGAUGCUAGCGUCAUGGAGAUCCUGUCUACCUUGUUAGUGGGCGGUUGCAUCUGCAUUCCCAGCGACCAGGAACGCCUCAAUAACCUGGCUGCUGUGAUUACCAAGUUGAAUGUCAACUGGACCCUGCUUACACCAGCCGUGGCAAGUGUGCUAAAACCAGAUAGCAUUCCAACCCUCAAGGUACUCGUUACUGGCGGUGAAGCAAUGUCGACAAAUCACAUCACCAAGUGGGCAAACCACGCGGCUCUUAUAAACGCCUAUGGGCCCAGCGAGGCAUCUGUCAUUGCUGCGGCAAGCACCAAAGUCGACCAUGACGGAAAGGUCCUAAACCGGGAACCUGCCACCAUUGGGCAUGCUGUCGGGUGCCGUUGUUGGAUCGUCGAUCCGCGUAACCAUAACCGCCUCACGCCCAUUGGCAGCAUUGGUGAGCUCCUGAUCGAAGGGCCCAUCGUCGCGAGAGGCUACCUGGGCAAUGACGCUAAGACAAGGGAUGCAUUCAUCGAGCAUCCACCAUGGCGUGCAGCUAUGAACCUCGCUGGCGGCCGCGUAGACCGUAUGUACAAGACUGGCGAUCUAGUCGCGUACAACCCGGAUGGCUCCCUCACCUAUAUCGCACGAAACGACACUCAGGUCAAGCUCAACGGACAGCGUAUUGAAGUCGGCGAGAUCGAACACCACGUCAAAGCCAACUUACCAGCCGACGUCCAGUCAGCUGUGGACCUUGUGGUUCCCCAGAGAAAGACGUCGACCAAGGCCCUGGCGGUGUUCUUCACCAGCGGCGACAAGGCUGAGGAUUCGGCAUCCAGGGAGACGGAUGCAAUUCUCCUGCCCGCGUCAAGUGCUUCCGCCACACUCUGCCAGUCGCUUAAGACGGCACUUCGCGCUCUGCCGUCGCACAUGGUGCCAACCCUUUACAUCCCCGUGAACAAGAUGCCAUGGACUCUGGCCGCCAAGCUAGACCGCCAAAGGCUCAAGGCCAUUGCUCAGUCUAUAACGGCCCAGCAGAUGGCCCCCUACACGCUCGCCGGGGUCAGCACAAACAGAGCCGCCACCACGUCGAUGCAACGCAGACUGCAGAAAGUCUGGGCCAAGGUCCUGGAUAUCGAGCCCGAAAGCAUAAGCAGAGACGACAGCUUUUUCAGGCUGGGCGGCGAUUCAAUUGGCGCCAUGAAGCUUGUCGCCGCCGCGAGGAUGGAGGACGUUGUCCUCACCGCCAAGAAUGUCUUUGAGAACCCCGUCCUCUCGGAUAUGGCAACAUCAUGCAAACGCUCCAAUGGGGAUUCCGCCACUGUCGUGGAGCGUUUGUCGCUGCUGAGAGGCGUUGCGUCCCCCUCUCUGCUUCUCGGCGAGCUCGCAGAACGCUGUGGCGUGCAGAGGAGCCAAAUUCAAGAUGUGUACCCGUGUAGCUCGCUUCAAGAGGGGCUUGUGGCUGCGUCUAUGCAGAAUCCAGGCGCAUACGUGGCCAGAAAUAUCUUUGAGCUGCCUUUUAGUGUCGACAUUGACCGUUUGAAGCUUGCGUGGCAACGGACUGUGGACCAAGUCGACGUCCUGAGAUCGCGCGUCGUCAACAGCCAGUCGCUCGAGUCCUAUCUGGCCAUUCUCGAGCCGCAUGAAAUCGAGUGGGAAAACUACAGCAGCCUGGGAUCUGCCAAUGACAAUAUCAGAUCACUUCCAGAACGGAAUGGCGGCGUCCUAGCCAGGUACGCAAUUGCCAAUUCGGCUGGUUCUGGUCCCCGCUACUUGGUGUGGACCGUCCACCAUGCGCUAUACGACGCUUGGAGUAUGCCUUCUGUGCUAAACUUGGUUUCGCAAUUUUACCACGGAGGCGGUUCUGAAAGACUGAAAUCGGCCGUUCCAUUUGCCAACUUUGCCAAGUACUUGGCCGACAUCGAUGCACAAGCCUCUGAUGAGUUCUGGAAGGCCAGGUUCCAAGGCACUUCUCCUGCAACUCAUUUCCCAACUAUGUCCUCUACAACUGGUGCUCAAUCAUCCAGUGCAUCACUGAAAUACACUAUUCAGUACGACAAAGACAAUCUCGGCGUGGACGUAACUAACGCGACACUCGUCCGUGCAGCUUGGGCGCUUGUCCUGGGUUCUCAAGCCGGCUCUGAUGACGUUGUCUUCGGCGAGACUUUGUCUGGACGUGACAUUGAUCUUGACCAUGUAGAAGAUAUCAUUGGUCCAACCUUGACCACCGUGCCUUCGAGAAUUCAGAUCGAUCGGGACGCUACUGUUGGCCAGUUCCUGAGGAACAUUCAUGAUCAGGCAAUUGGGGUGAUUCCUCAUCAGCAUGCUGGUCUCCAAAAUAUCAAGCGCCUAGGGGGCGCUAUGGCAGUUGCCUGCGACUUCAGGAACCUGCUGGUUAUCCAGUCUGCCGGUGAAGUAACGAGUCAAGAGGACUUGUUGAAGCCAAUGGAAAACGAAGCCGAGCAGUCACACUUCUUCACGUACCCGCUGGUCGUCGAGUGCUUUAUUGAGGCCCAUGAUUUAGUCCUGGUAGUCCAUCACGACGAGGCAGUCAUGAAAAGCUGGCAAGUGAAGCGCAUGGCUCAUCAGUUCGAGGCUGUGGUAGGGCAGCUCAUCCGUCUGUCGCGAGAGCCCACCAGCAAGGUCUCCGAACUUCGACUCUACGGUCAAGAAGAUGUCGAGAUGAUCAAAGAGUGGAACCACUGGACUUUCGAGCCUGUCCAAGAAAGCAUCCCCACCUUGUUCUGGCAAUCAGCCGCCAGGCAGCCGAAUGCUACCAGCAUUCGCGCUUGGGAUGGUCAUCUCAGCUACGACGCCAUUGCACAGUACGCCGGCCACCUCGCCAAGCUACUCGUUCAGAGGGGAGUACGGGCUGAGACGCUGGUUCCGUGCUGUAUGGACAAAUCUCUCUGGACCACGGUCUCAAUGCUUGCCGUGAUACUCGCUGGGGGUGCCAUCGUCCCCUUAGACCCUGCGCAACCCCCCGCUCGCCACGCAGAAAUUGUUCGCGACUGUGAGGCCCGUGUUGCUCUCUGUUCACCACAAUAUCAGGACCGCUUCAAUGGCCUUGUCGAAUCUGUCAUCUUGGUCAAUAGCGACUUGUUUUCUGCCGAUCUGUUCCCUCAAGAUAUCAAACCGCAGGAUCUGCCAACCGUUGCAAGUCAAGAUGCCGCAUUCGUCAUCUAUACCUCUGGCAGUACCGGAAAGCCAAAGGGCAUCGUGAUUGACCAUGGAUCGUUUUGUGCGAGUUCCAAGGCUUUCAUGCACCGCAUGAAGCUUACUUCGGCGUCUAGUGUCUUCCACUUCACUUCUUAUGCGUUCGACAUUGCAAUGGCAGAGACGUUUGGAGCCCUCACCAGCGGUGCCUGUCUCUGCGUUCCCAGUGAGGAAUCGAGGAUGAUAGAUCUACCAGGGGCCAUGAACACCCUUGGAGCCACUUGGGCCUUCUUGACACCCUCGGUUGCUAGUAUCCAGGAUCCCUCCAAGUUCAAAACACUGCAGACACUCGUCUGCGGAGGCGAGGCCAUGACAUCGGAGACGAUUAGCACUUGGGCCGACAAGGUCGAGCUGAUGAACGGCUACGGGCCAGCCGAGUGUACCUUUUUUGCCGUUGCCAACACCGACGUCUCGUUCACCAAAGAAUUCACAAAUAUCGGCCACGCUAUGAACGGCGGUCAUUCGUGGGUCGUCGACCCCAGAGAUCACAAUCGCCUUAUGCCCGUGGGCUGUACAGGUGAAUUGCUCAUCAGCGGCCCUAUCGUUUCGCGAGGCUACUUGAACGACGGUGCAAAAACGGCUGAGUCGUUCAUCGAAAACCCUGCGUGGAUGCACCACUUCGUCAGUGAGGAGCACCAUCAACAAACCUUGCGUCUGUACAAGACGGGUGACCUGGUCCAGUAUAACCCUGAUGGGACAUUGGAAUACAGAGGACGCAAGGAUCUCCAGGUCAAGCUCAAUGGCCAGCGUAUGGAGCUUGGCGAGAUUGAAGCCCGUCUCGAGUCUGACCAGCGCAUUCGCCAGGCCUUCGUCACUCUACCCGAGUCCGGAGUCUUCGAAGGUCGUCUAGUGGCCAUUGUGUCUCUCGAGGAUGUUUCCUCUGAGAAGUCGAGCCUUUUAUCGCCAGAACUUACCCCGGUGUCUGCUUCUGAGAUGCAAAUUGCUCGAACACAGGUUUCCGCCCUGCAAAAUCAUCUGUCCGAGAAUCUUCCACUUUACAUGGUGCCAUCGGCUUGGUUUGUGGUUAAGACUAUUCCCCUCUUGCUGUCUGGCAAGCUCGAUAGGGCCAGUGCUCGGACAUGGCUCGCCAACAUGGACGAGGACACGUAUGAACUUGCCAUCAGUUCAGAGAGCAUCGACGAUGAUGUGGUCUCCGAAACGACGUCGGUUGGACGGCAACUCAGACGUAUCUGGGCGUCAGUCCUCAACAUUGCCGAGGAGGAAAUGCCCAUGAACCGCUCCCUAAUCAGUCUUGUAGUUAACGGGUACCAGGGCGGUGACUCCAUCACGGCGAUUCAGAUCAUCACUCGCUGCCGCGACCAAUCCAUCAGACUAUCCAUGCAGGAAGCUAUGAGGGGUAGGUCAAUCAAUGACCUAGCCGCGCUCAUAGAGACAGAAGACCGACAAAUGCGGAAUGGCGUCCCUGAGCAUGAAGAACAAACCAAUGACGAAUUUGAGCUGUCGCCAAUCCAGCACUUGUUCUUCAACAACAGCUCCAACAGGGACUACGGAGACCGCUUCAAUCAAAGCCAACUCCUGUCCAUCAAGGGCCCCUUCGACGUAUCCAGGUUUGAGCAUGCCGUCCACGCACUCGUCAAGAGACACCCAAUGCUUCGCGCACGCUUCAAGAGAUCUUCCGAUGGCCGGUGGACCCAGCAGAUUGCUUCGGAUAUCGACACUUCCUACAGCUUCCGCUCCCAUAAGCCUGUUGCGAGAUCUGACAUGAUUUCACUUCUCGCCGCUAGCCACAAGAGUAUCCACAUUUCCGGCCCCGUCUUCAUCGUCGAUCUCUUUGAACAGCCUGAUGGGUCUCAAGCAGUGUCACUCGUAGCUCACCAUCUGGUUGUUGAUAUUGUGUCCUGGAUCAAUAUCGUCCAAGACCUCGAGACAUUCCUUUCGGCUACCAAUCCAAUAUUCUCCAAGCCCUUCUCGUUCCGGGAUUGGAAUGCAGCGCAGAUCGAGCAUGCCAGAUCUCUUGAGAGACAUGGAGACAGCCUGCUGCCAUUCCCUGUGCAAGCUGCCGAUUUUGACUUCUGGGGCAUGUCAAACACCGCCAACGUGUAUGGAGAUGUUAUCAAGAAGGCCGUUGUCGUUUCAGAUUCCGAAAUUGUCUCUCUGGUACUGGGUGACUCCCACACGGCACUCAAGACUGAGCCUCUUGAUCUGUUCAUCUCAGCUCUGCUCAAAUCUUUCGGAAAUAUCUUCACAGAGCGAGAGUUCCCAACCUUGUUCAACGAAGGUCACGGCCGUGAGCCUUGGGAUGAUACCAUCGACCUCUCCCAAACGGUCGGAUGGUUCACCUCACUUUCUCCCAUUCAUGUGUCUCGACGCAACCUCGACCUCGAUGGUAUCAUCGACUGUGUUCGCAAGGUCAAAGACAUGCGCCGCAGCGUCCCAAGCAACGGUCGUCCUUACUUUGCCCGCCGCUACCUGACCGAGUCGGGGAAGCGCCAUCUGGCCAAUCAUGAGCCCAUGGAAGUUUUGGUAAAUUUCCUCGGCCGUACUCAACAGACAAGCCAGGGCGAUUCUCUCUUCAGCUCGUUCGAUUUGUCCAUGACUGACAGAGAGAUAGCGGCCGUCUCUGACGUCGCGCCUGAGACUCGCCGUCUGGCCUUGUUCGAGGUUUCCAUAUCGAUUCUUGACGAGGGCGUGGAGUUCUCCUUCAUGCAUAAUAAGCACAUGCUCCACCAAGACCGCAUCGAGAAGUGGUCUUCCAACUGCGGGGAGGUGCUCAUCGACAUUGCAAAAACGCUGAGCGAGGCCUCCUCUACUCCCACACUCAGCGACUUCCCUCUCAUGCCCGUCGACUACACAGAGCUACAGGAACUCGCUUGCCACAAAGUCAUUGAUCGUCACCCUGCUCUGCGAACCAUCUUUGUGGAGAGCACCUACGGUGGCGGCUUCUUCGACCAGGUCGUGUUAAAGCCCCGUGAGGCUCGCAUCACCGUCAUUGAGUGUCGGGAAAUCGACGUCAUGGCAAGAUUGAACGCCAGAUCGCUUCACAGGACCAAUAAGAGGAAUGACGAACCGAUGCUUCCCUACCAAAUCACUAUCUGCCAGACCCCACAAGGAAAAGUCUUUAUGAAGCUUGAAUUGAAUCAUGCUGUCACAGAUGGUGCUUCGACAUCGGUCAUCCUGCGCGACAUAUCAAACGCAUACAUCGACAGCCUGCCUCCGACCAAGGUCCCUUCCUACAAGGAAUACAUCAAGUAUAUUUCCAGUCAGCCCACUGAUUCAAGCCUCAGAUUCUGGUCUAGCUACCUCUCCGGAGCGCGGUUCACCGAGUUUCCAACAGUCAAUCCCGACAUUACGGCUGGCCGCAGCCUAGGCUCUAUCAUGGUCGAGUUUGAUCGAUUUUCCGAGCUGCAUUCGAUUGGUCGCGAAUUUGGAGUGACAAUGUCCAACAUCAUCGUCGUUGCAUGGGCUCUCGUGCUUCGAAGCUACACGAAAUCUGACGAUGUCGCCUUCGGCUACCUCGCCUCUGGGCGUGAUGCCCGCAUUGACGGCAUUGACGACCUCGUUGGUCCUCUGAUUAAUAUGCUCGUGUUUCGCUUCCGGUUUGCGUCCAGCGUGCCUCUCAAGAGACUUUUCCUACAAGCUCAACAAGAUUAUCUCUCCAGUCUACCGCACCAGCACUUUUCUCUGGCUCGCGUCAGCCACGAAUUGGGUCAAGCGAAACGAGGCUUUUUCAACACGGCUGUCUCCAUCCAAAAUACUGGUUCGUCGAGCGGUUCGGAGUCAAACGCUCUCACAUAUGAGUCAGUCGAGGCGUUUGAUCCAAGUGAAUAUGCCGUUACCCUCAAUGCCAACACCGCCCGCGGCGAUGAAGGCAUCGUAUUCCGCUAUUGGACAGAUGUUCUUUCAGAUUUCCAAGCCCAGGAUCUCGCUCUCACCAUUUCCAUGCUGCUAAGCGACUUCGUCGAUCACAGCGAAGCUGCUGUUUCCCAUUUGCGGCUCUUCCAGGACCCGCAGCUACUUUCCAAUGCGUAUACGCACACGCAUGAAGCUGGCCACUGGACAUUUCAACAUGACGCUUCAAAAGACAGCUUUUUCGAGCUUGGUGGUGACUCCAUUAUCGCCAUGUCUAUGGCGGGCGAUGCUAGGGAGCUAGACAUUCAUCUCACCGUGGCCGACAUCUUCAAAAACCCAAGAUUUGGGUCAAUGCUUGAUUGUCUCCUGGAUCGAUCAUACAAGGACUCCGACACGGCUUCAAGUGUUGACAAGAUGUCCUCCUCAGACUCAAAGAAGGAGGGAGCCAUUACAGAUGAACAAUCUUACCAGCCCUUCUCCAUGCUUGGCCAGGAGAACGCUGAGCAAUUCGUCCGAGACCACGUCUGCAGCGUUGCAGGCGUGUCCCGAGCCAGCAUCAUCGAUGUCCUCCCAACAACCGACUUCCAGACCCAGGCCAUCGGGGGCAGCCUGCUUGCGUCGCGAUGGAUGCUGAAUUACUUCCACCUGGACUCCACAGGCCCAAUUGACACUGGCCUACUGCGAGAAAGCAUCACGAAUGUCGUGGCCUGUUAUGACGUGUUGCGCACUGUCUUUGUCCCCCACCAAGGAAGAUACUUGCAGGUUAUCCUCCGCUACUUGCAACCCGAAUUGACUGUCCACGAUGUCGACGAUAUCGAGCAGUUCACCUCAGAGCUUGGUUCCAUCCAUCGACACGAACGGCCGCAACCUGGGCAAUCCCCCCUCCAAUUCGUCAUGGCGCGACACAAGUCGUCGCUACGACACCGAAUCUUCAUCAGAAUAUCUCAUGCUCAGUAUGACGGUGUCUGCUUUCCAGCUAUCCUUGAAUCAUUGAAGGCUUGCUAUGAGGGAGAACCUAUCCUUCCCACGCCUUCGUAUGCCACUUAUAUUCGUGGGGCGUUGGGUAAGAUUACUGUGGACCACUACGCGUACUGGAAAGCGCUCCUCAAGAAUUCCACUCCGACACAUAUCAUCCCACGACAACGUACUUUGCUGCACACGUCUCCUACUCAAGUCUUGAAAGCUGUCGUGUCUACACCCUCGCUCGCGUCUUUCAACAUCACCACCGCCACUGUCGUCAAAGCUGCUUGGUCGACAGUCUUGGCAAAGGCCACCGGCAAGACAGACGUUGUCUUUGGCCACCUCAUCAGCGGGCGCAAUGUAGGCAGCGUGGCGGGCAUUGAAUCCAUCGUCGGUCCCUGCCUGAACGUGGUUCCUGUGCGCGUCUGUCACCGACCCUCUUGGACCGUGCUACACCUCCUCCAACACAUCCAGAACCAGCAGGUGGACAACAUGCCGUACGAGUCACUCGGCUUCAAGGAGAUUAUCGACACAUGCACCGACUGGGAUGAUGACGGGGCAAACGGCUUUUCCACCGUUGUCCAACACCAGAGCAUGCCUCAGACGGCUACCCUGGCAAUCGGGGGCAACACGUACCAAGUCGGUGCCAUAGCCUCGCAAGAGGACACUGCUGAUUUCAGUGUCGUCACUACGCCUCAAGAUGCGAACAGUACCGAGGUCUGCUUGCUUUAUGCUCGGGACGGGGCUAUAGACGCGGGCUUUGCACAGGGGAUAUUUGACUCGCUCUGUAAUACUAUUACAGCCUUCUCGGAGAACCUGAACACUUUAGUUGGAGUUUCUUGA